AUGCCGAUGCUCGAAGAUAUCAGCUAUUCGCGCGAGGCGUGCAUCGCCGCGGUCCGCGAUUACUACCACUUUCUUACUCGCAUGUAUAUGGAAGAAAGCGUCGUUGUUGAGCCACCCAAAGGAGGCUGGCCCUCUGUCACUCCCGACUCCAUGCGGGAUCUCCACAAGACGGACGAAGUAACAGCCCUCCUCAAACAUCUCCCGUACAUCCGUGGACGAUCCGGAAGCAGCUUCGAAAACCCCCAAGGAGCCCCAUGGUGUGUCUUCUCCGACUGGCAGGGCGACUUAGAGCACGUAUCUCAGGGUACCAGCACCGCGGAAACACUCAAGCUUUGCUCUGAAGGCGCAUGCAUCACUGACGAAGUACCGGCCCACGUCAUCGGUUUAACAACGGGUGGAAGAGACAAUGCGAACUUCCUGCUCGAUACAGAGCUGGGUGCCGUCUACUGGAUCGAAUGCCCCAACGAGAUCACGAAUAACCCAUCGCGCGAAUCCAUUCAAGAAGAUCCUUACGACUACGCGCCGGAAAAUGAGGCUCAGUGGCGGGCUGAAUCGGGCUGCUGGGCUGUUGCUGAUUUCUUCGACGAGCUCAAAGACCAAUUUCGACAACUCUCUUUCAUUCCCAUCGGUCCGAAGUCCGUAAUCGAUAUCUAUGCGACGCUAGCGUAUAAAAACGAGGGGGUUGUGGCCAUGCUGCAGAAGAUCUAUCGCGAGCACGGUUGGCCGGAUCUAGCCCGCUAUCGAAAGACUGAAUGUCUCGCCGCGGUGGAAGUCGCUCUGCAGCAGCACUAUCCUGACUACAGUCAGUAG